AGCCGCGGCCGGAGGGGUCGGAGCAGGGAGCGCCGGAACCGCCCGCCCGCCGAGCCCAGCCCGCCCUGCCGAGCGCCCCGCGGCCCCGCCAUGGCGGACAAGGAAGCAGCCUUUGAUGACGCCGUGGAGGAGCGUGUGAUCAACGAGGAGUACAAGAUAUGGAAGAAGAACACUCCUUUCCUCUAUGACCUGGUGAUGACCCAUGCCCUGGAGUGGCCCAGCCUGACUGCUCAGUGGCUUCCUGAUGUCACAAGACCUGAAGGCAAAGAUUUCAGCAUCCACAGGCUGGUGCUGGGCACCCACACCUCAGAUGAGCAGAACCACCUGGUGAUUGCCAGCGUGCAGCUGCCCAACGACGAUGCCCAGUUUGAUGCUUCCCACUAUGACAGUGAGAAAGGAGAGUUUGGAGGCUUUGGCUCAGUAAGUGGAAAAAUUGAGAUUGAAAUCAAGAUCAACCACGAGGGAGAGGUGAACAGAGCCCGGUACAUGCCCCAGAACCCCUGCAUCAUUGCCACCAAGACUCCCUCCAGUGAUGUCCUGGUCUUUGAUUACACCAAACACCCCUCCAAGCCAGAUCCUUCUGGGGAGUGCAACCCCGACCUGCGGCUGCGUGGGCACCAGAAGGAGGGGUACGGGCUGUCCUGGAACCCCAACCUCAGCGGGCACCUGCUCAGUGCUUCUGAUGACCACACCAUUUGCUUGUGGGAUAUCAGUGCUGUUCCCAAAGAAGGCAAAGUGGUGGAUGCCAAGACCAUCUUCACGGGGCACACAGCGGUGGUGGAAGAUGUGUCCUGGCACCUGCUCCAUGAAUCCCUCUUUGGAUCUGUUGCUGAUGACCAGAAACUCAUGAUCUGGGACACCAGGUCAAACAACACCUCCAAGCCCAGCCAUUCCGUGGAUGCUCACACAGCUGAGGUGAACUGCCUCUCCUUCAACCCCUACAGUGAGUUUAUCCUGGCCACAGGAUCAGCUGAUAAGACUGUCGCUCUAUGGGACUUGAGGAACCUAAAACUGAAGCUGCACUCCUUUGAAUCACAUAAAGAUGAAAUAUUUCAGGUUCAGUGGUCUCCUCAUAAUGAAACCAUCCUGGCCUCCAGUGGCACAGACCGCAGGCUAAACGUGUGGGACUUGAGUAAAAUUGGAGAGGAGCAAUCCCCUGAGGAUGCUGAGGAUGGUCCCCCAGAGCUCUUGUUUAUCCAUGGUGGUCACACUGCAAAGAUCUCAGAUUUCUCCUGGAAUCCAAAUGAGCCCUGGGUCAUUUGUUCUGUAUCAGAAGAUAAUAUCAUGCAAGUCUGGCAAAUGGCAGAGAACAUCUACAACGACGAAGAUCCCGAAGGAAGCGUGGAUCCAGAAGGUCAAGGAUCCUAAAUGGCAACUUCCCCCUGGUUUUAGUCUUUCUCCUUCUCUUCCCUCUCAGCCCUCAGAUUGACUUAACACUGGUUUUGAGACACGCAGGUUGAUUUUUGUGUUCAGCCAUCCUCCUUGUAGAUCCCAUCACGGCCUUUUCCACCCACACAUUGAGAACCCACCACCCAAAAAAGAAAAAGAAAAAUGCUCAGCCCCCUCAGGCAGGUCCCUGCUGUGGCUCCAAAAUUCCUACAGCUGCCUCCUUUAUCGGUCUGGCUGUUCCUUUUUAGCUGCCUUCAUGCUUGGGAUUAGUUUUUUUUCCUCUCUUUUGCUUGCUGCAGCCACAGGCUUUUGCCUAAUUUAAACAAAAGUUAAAUUGGCAGAGCUGCCCGAGUGGGCUUGAGCCAACAGAGAUGAUCCAAGUGUUAAUCCCCUGACAGCUCAGAAAUGGUGUGGAAGGUCUUGUCCUCCUCAGAACAACCAGAAACCAGGAAUUCCUUUAGUUAUCUGUUCUUUGUGGCUUUUUCUGCCUUUGCAGGUACAAGACUUGCAAGUUCUGACUUGAACUGAAAUUUUUCCUUUUUUU